AAAUAGAGCCUGAGAGAAAAAAGGGAAUGGGAGGGGGUGAGAAAAAAGACGGAAAGCAUCCUAUUGCAGGUGCUGCAUCGCAGUCUCCCUCUCCCCAUCCUUUUUAACGGCCCGCCUCCGGCGUAAGGAGUUUUCCCUCUACCCUCCCAGCCUCCCCCUCGUUUUCAGCGCGGUUGAACGAGAGAGAUGAGGUAGCUACACAGCAAGCUCAAGAGCGCAAUCUAACAUCCCAAUGCGUGGUCUGUAGCUUUGGUUUGUAGCGUAUAUUUUUGGGGUUAUCGCGAUUAUCAUAGCUUCUACCAAAUUAAAAAGAUAGUUCGAGAAAUUCUGGACUGAGGUUUCAAUCGUAGUCUACCCAGCUGAAAUUGCAUUUCCUCUAAUAUUUGGAAUUGAGAUCAAGAAAAGCAAAAUGUUAAGGAUACUGUUUCAUGACACUCAAUAAGACCAGUUGAAGAUACCAAAAGACGAGCCAACAUCAAUUAUCAGAAAGACCAAAACUCCUAGUAACGACUGCAUCAUCAGCAUUCAACAAUGGCCUCCAACAGCAGUAUUGCCCCAAGUGGAGCAGAUGGAGAACAGCAAGCUGAGCAGACCAUCACCUCCCAGCCAACCAGCGCUGAGCACCAAGAGAAUGCCCCUGACCCCAGCCAAAUGGAAUCCAAAGACCACCUGGCAGUAAUCAGCGAGAAGAUGGAGACCAGUAAUGGAGUCUGUCCGGCUGACUCCUCUCCUCCCACAUCUUCAAUCUCGUCGCCCAAGAGACUGCAACACAGCAAAUCAGCCAAUGGGCGGCCACGGAAAGGCAGCCGCUCUGGGUCCCUGCUUGGUCAUGGAGCUGGAUCUCCCAGGCCCUCCAUCAGCCGCCGGCCCAGCACUGUGGCGGAGGGCCUGGAGGAUGACGGCAAGCCACCUAGGGACUACCUGAUCCUGGCAAUCCUCUCCUGCUUCUGCCCCCUGUGGCCCAUCAAUAUUGUAGCUCUCGUCUUCUCUGUUAUGUCAAGGAACAGCCUGCAGCUUGGGAAUGUUGAUGGGGCACGGCGUCUGGGCCGAAAUGCCAUGGUGCUCUCCAUCAUCUCCUUGGUUGGUGGGGUCAUCCUCAUCGUUGCAGCCAUCGUCCUAAACUGGGGAAGCAUAAUAAAAUCCUGAGGGUCUCCAUGGAAACCAGGAGCGAAGUUGCAAGUCGGCAUAUCAACAUCCAACCCAAACAGACAUUUCCCCUCUCCUACAGUACGAUCAAAGCACUAAUAUUACUCGACUCAAGCGCCUGCAACUUAUACCCUUCUUCUCCUGAACACUUCCUUGUUCUUUUGCUGCACGAGCAUGGAUGGCCUGUAACUCGUUUCUUCAAAACAGACCCUCACUUCUAAAAUCAUACACCAUGGACCCAAACACUGCCACUAGGUGUGUAGUGGACUGUGUAUCCAGCUUUUGCCAGAAAAAAAAAUCAUAGUGAAGCUAUAAGGGUGUUUUUUCUUUUUUUACUGUGAUCAGUGUUUACUCACCAUUUUUUUUUUAUCACCACUAAAUCAGAGGCUGCUGUUGUCACUCAGAAAGCUGUAGGCGACAUUUAGAAUGACACAGAUGUGCUGGCAACACUAACUCCGGUCAACAACACAAUGAUCUCCUACAGCGGGAUACCCGAGGUCUCUUGGACUGUGUUUGAAGUCUUUGUGGUUUUGCCGUGACCAGGAUGCUCCAUGUAGGUUACUCCAAUGUGCCAAUAAAACAAAGCAGGGGUCUUACUUGUCAGCAAAAAGGAUAUUGGCCUCCAAUGGGUUUAUGUCCUUUCAAUAUACCUCCAGUUAUCCAGUCCACACCACUGUAACUCCACCACUGUAACUCCACCACGGGAUCCUUUUAACAAUGAUUCCAAAACAGUUGUACACUGUAGUUAGUAGCAUGGUAAAGAGUGACACAGUUAGGGAAGGAGCUGACAGGGUGAAAGAGAUGGAGAUGGCUUCUUUUGUUCUGAAUUUGUUGUCAGUGGAGGGGGUCUCAUUUGUAGUUCAAUUUAAGGAGAACCCAUAGCUCUCCACUCAUCACUGCUUAAUUGUGUUUAUAAAAAAUUUAAAAAAAGAAUCCGGGAAGAAUGUGCCACUCCGGGUUUUGGGAUUAAUUUGCAUGCACUCAAAAAUACACAAUAUCUUGCACACUACUGUGCAUAGGCAUGCACAAAUCCAUACACAAUGUGAGGGAAGACAGAUGUACGCAGGUACACACGGAGACAAGGGCUGACACACCCAUACGGUAUAAUAACGGAUUCUCAUUGGCUGAACGAAAGUGGGCAAUAGGGAACCAGAGAGGGGGAGGGAGGAUUGGGUGAUAGCUGCAUGAGCUGCAGUCCUUUGUUUGGCGCAGAUGAAGAGGCAAAGAGGAUAUGUGUCUGAGAGAAGGGGAGAGAAUGUGUGGUGGUUGUUACUGAAGCAGGAUGAAAGACAGAAUAUACUAGACUGGCAUUAAACCAAGCGUGCUGAUAUCAUUGUAGAAUUAAAACAAAAUAUUUUAUUUUAGAAUACUUAUGACAGGUUGCAUGUUACCACAUUUGAUUCUCAUACAAUCAAGUAUCAUCACAUUAAAUUGUGCUUCUGGAACACAGUGGUCUUAUCUUUGAUUGUCACCUCUUUGGUUAGAAUAAUGCAAUAAAGCCUUUAUGGUGCAUUUGCUUACUCCCCCUUGCCCCAGGUCAGUAUCAGCUCUUAUGUGCUUAAAGUCUGCCCUUGUCUGGUUGUUAUUCACUGAGCUGGAUGGCCUCCCCUUCCUCUGGGAGUUA